AUGGUGUAAUGUUCACAUAUAGCAUGGACGAUAAUGGUGUAAUGUUCACAUAUAGUAUGGACGAUAAUGGCGUUAUGUUCACAUACAGUAUGAACGAGAAUGGUGUUAUGUACACAUAUAGUAUGGACGAUAAUGGUGUUAUGUACACCUAUAUAAUGGACGGGAAUGGUGUAAUGUACAUAUAUAGUAUGGACGAUAAUGGCGUUAUGUUCACAUACAGUAUGAACGAGAAUGGUGUUAUGUACACAUAUAGUAUGGACGAUAAUGGUGUUAUGUACACCUAUAUAAUGGACGGGAAUGGUGUAAUGUACACAUAUAGUAUGGACGAUAAUGGUGUAAUGUACACGUAUAGUAUGGACGAGAAUGGUGUAAUGUACACAUAUAGUAUGGACGAUAAUGGUGUUAUGUACACAUAUAACAUGGACGAGAAUGGUGUUAUGUACACAUAUAGUAUGGACGAUAAUGGUGUUAUGUACACCUAUAGUAUGGACGAGAAUUGUGUUAUGUACACCUUUAGUAUGGACGGUAAUGGUGUAAUGUACACGUAUAGUAUGGACGAGAAUGGUGUAAUGUACACAUAUAGUAUGGACGAUAAUGGUGCUAUGUACACAUAUAGUAUGGACAAUAAUGGUGUUAUGUACAUACAUGUAUAUAGUAUGGUCGAGAAUGGUGUUAUGUACACCUAUAGUAUGGACGAGAAUGGUGUUAUGUACACAUAUAGUAUGGACGAGAAUGGUGUAAUGCACACCUAUAGUAUGGACAAGAAUGGUGUAAUGUACACGUAUAGUAUGGACAAGAAUGGUGUAAUGUACACAUAUAAUAUGGAUAGGAAUGGUGUUAUGUACACAUAUAGUAUGAACGAGAAUAGUGUAAUGUUCACAUAUAGCAUGGACGAUAAUGGUGUAAUGUUCACAUAUAGUAUGGACGAUAAUGGUGUUAUGUUCACAUAUAGUAUGAACGAGAAUGGUGUUAUGUACACAUAUAAUAUGAACGAGAAUGGUGUUAUGUACACCUAUAACAUAGACGAGAAUGGUGUUAUGAACACAUAUAGUAUGGACGAUAAUGGUGUUAUUCACACCUAUAGUAUGGACGAGAAUGGUGUUAUGUACACAUAUAGUAUGGACGAGAAUGGUGUAAUGUCACAUAUAGUAUGGACGAGAAUGGUGUAAUGUACACGUAUAGUAUGGACGAGAAUGGUGUAAUGUACACAUAUAAUAUGAAUGGGAAUGGUGUUAUGUUCACAUAUAGUAUGGACGAGAAUGGUGUUAUGUUCACAUAUAGUAUGUACGAGAAUGGUGUUCGUACACAUAUAGUAUGGAGAAGAAUGGUGUUUUGUACACAUAUAGUAUGGACGAGAAUGGUGUUAUGUACACAUAUAGUAUGGACGAGAAUGGUGUUAUGUACACAUACAGUAUGGACGAGAAUGGUGUUAUGUACACAUAUAGUAUGGACGAGAAUGGUGUUAUGUACACAUAUAGUAUGGACUAGAAUGGUGUUAUGUACACAUAUAGUAUGGACGAGAAUGGUGUUAUGUACACAUAUAGUAUGAACGAGAAUGGUGUUAUGUACGCAUAUAGUUUGGACGAGAAUGAUGUUAUGUACACAUAUAGUAUGGACGAGAAUGGUGUUAUGUACACAUAUAGUAUGGACUUGAAUGGUGUUUUGUACACAUACAGUAUGGACGAGAAUGGUGUUAUGUACCCAUAUAGUAUGGACGAGAAUGGUACAAUGUACACCUAUCGUUUGAAGGAGAAUGUACAUCUAUCGUUUGGAGGAGAAUGGUAUAAUGUACACAUGUAAUCUGGACGCGAAUGGUGUAAUAUAUACCAAUAGCCUGGACAAAAAUGGUGUUAUGUUUGGACGGAAAUGGAGAAAUGGACAUAUAGCCUGGACGAGAAUGGUGUAAUGUACACCAGUAGCCUUGACAAAAAUGGUGUAAUGUAAAACUCAAGUAUGGUCAGAAAUGGAAAACUGGACAUAUAGUCUGGACGAGAUUGGUUACGGAUGGUGUAAUGCACAACAAUAGUCUGGACGAAAAUGGUAUUACAUAAUUAUACUUAUAGUUUGGUAAAGUAUGGUAGAACAAUGUGUACUGUACACCUAUAGUCUGAACGAAAAUGCUGUUACAUACACUUAUAGUCUGAACGAGAAUGGUAGAAUGGUGUUUGUAAUGUACACCUACAGGCUGGGCGAGUAUGAUGCAGUACACACUUUUUGUCAGAUCUAAAAUUGUAGAAUGGUGUAGUGUACACUUAUAGCAUAGACAUAGAUAAGAAUGUUGUAAUGUACACAAAUGACAAAGAUAAGAAUGUUGUAAUGUACACAGAUGACAAAGAUAAGAAUGUUGUGAUGUACACAAAUGACAAAGAUAAGAAUGUUGUGAUGUACACAAAUGACAAAGAUAAGAAUGUUGUGAUGUACACAAAUGACAAAGAUGAGAAUGUUGUGAUGUACACAAAUGACAAAGAUAAGAAUGUUGUAAUGUACACAAAUGACAAGGAUAAGAAUGUUGUGAUGUAAACAAAUGACGAAGAUAAGAAUGUUGUGAUGAACACAAAUGACAAAGAUUAAGAUGUUGUGAUGUACACAAAUGACAUAUAUUAGACUGAUGUAAUGUACAUAAAUAACAUGGAUAAUAAUGGCAUAAUGUACACAAAUAACAUGGAUAAGAAUGGCGUAAUGUACACAAAUAACAUGGAUAAAAAUGGCGUAAUGUACACAAAUAGCAUGGGUAAGAAUGGCGUAAUGUAUAUAAAUAGCAUGGAUAAGAAUGGCGUAAUGUACAUAAAUAGCAUGGAUAAGAAUGGCGUAAUGUACACAAAUAGCAUGGGUAAGAAUGGCGUAAUGUAUAUAAAUAGCAUGGAUAAGAAUGGCGUAAUGUACAUAAAUAGCAUGGAUAAGAAUGGCGUAAUGUACACAAAUAGCAUGGGUAAGAAUGGCGUAAUGUAUAUAAAUAGCAUGGAUAAGAAUGGCGUAAUGUACAUAAAUAGCAUGGAUAAGAAUGGCGUAAUGUACACAAAUAGCAUGGGUAAGAAUGGCGUAAUGUAUAUAAAUAGCAUGGAUAAGAAUGGCGUAAUGUACAUAAAUAGCAUGGAUAAGAAUGGCGUAAUGUACAUAAAUAGCAUGGAUAAGAAUGUCUGUUUACUGUUUACAAACGAGUCUGUCUGUAAUAUGUCCACGAUAUGCGUUUUUGAUCUUUUCAUGCAGUUUUAGUUUGUCAAGUACAAUUCGUCGCUGUCACAGCUAAGUCGCCCAGGUUAUAUUAUGCGUGUGAAAGUAACGUGAUUAUUACUGAUAUAACUACUGACGCUAUUUUUAAAUUUACUGAAAUUGAUGUGGUAGACAAACCAAUCAAAAUUCAAAUUUGAAAAAUACGCAAACAAUUGCGAUAAUAACUUGUGUCGCAAGCAAUCUGAUUUAUCGGUAAGUAAUUUUAAUCCGUAAUACACAACUAUAAAAAUAUUAUGUAAUCUUGUGACAAUUUUUUUCUUGCAAAUGUAUCAUCUGGUGUCUUAGACUAAGUCCCUUUAAAGAAUAAAUGUUAACAUCAAAGGAUAUUUCGAUUUACAUCUGUUUUAAUGACAAAAUUUUACUCUACGAACUACUGAUUACUGAUAACUGACUACUACGUUGUUCCAGAGCCCAUAAAUUAACGAUUAGAUUUUCACAAAUGAAUCAGUAGGCCUUGCUCUGUCAUCGCUCGUCAAACAAUAUUCACGUUUACACAAACGGUAAUCUGUGGUUUAUAGAUGACAGUGUCAUAAGUGUAUACACCAAUGAGACGUUAAACACGAUGAACGCAUUAGCAACCGAACAAGGAAACGUCAAUGGAACUCACAUAGUAUAACGUAUACGUAAAAUACGUACGUUGGAAAAUUAACAUAUGCGCAUGCGCAGAUUGUUAAUUAUUAUCGCAACAAUAUUAUAUAAAGACAACGGUGUCUAGUCUAAACAAGGACAUUUGUAUUAUCACGUUAAAAACUAAGUGAUUAAGUGCAGGACAAUGGCAUCUAAACUUCUCGUCGCACUUUUCGUUUGUACUCUCCUGGCUGUAUCCAUCACAUCUGUUGAAGGAAUAUGUUACGAAUACCAUUGCGCGCGGCAAUGUCACCACCGGCGCCCGUUUUACGACGAGUACGCCUUUAAGUACCUGUGGCCGAACGUGUGUGGAAAGGUUGCAGUAGAGAGGUUCAACAUGAAGGCAUGCUGUAGGACCUUUGGACGGUAUUAACAGAGGUAUAUUUCAAACCAAAGCCACCAAUCCAUCAUUGACGCACUUGUUAUUCACAUCGAUACGUUGGCUAAGCCAAUGACAACUUUAUUGUUUUGUUUGUAAAUGAAAGCUUUUGUUAUUUAAACUGAAAUAAAACAAAAAAACAGCC